UACUAGAAAUAGUAGGUGUAUUUACCUCAGAAAAAGGAAAAAGGGCAAAAUAGGUGUAAGAAUCUAAACAGUAUUUCAACAAGAAAAUAAAUUGGAAAAGUUGGGCUGUUAUUUUCCAAGGCUUGUGGUCUGACACAAGCAAGAAUGUGAGUCGGAAAUCAAAAAUUCCAAAGAGCAGAUAAAUACAUACAUAUAGAUACACUUUAAGACCUCACUCUCUUGGAAGGUCCGUUUUCAGACACCACAUUUUGCAGAUGCUAGAGAGAGAAACUGAAUGCGGACACAGAGAGAGGCUGAGUUGAUGUUGAAUUGAACCCUUUAAAUUGUUGGCGGCGGCAAUGGAUUCCGGGAAAAGGUGCUUGCUUUUGUUUUCGGUUUUGUUGAUUUUGGCAGAGGUGAUGUGUGUGGUGAUGGGCAAUUUGGUGUUUGAAGUUCAUCACAAGUAUGGUGGCCGCGGCGAGGGAAUGGCGGCGCUGGGGGCGCUGAGAGCGCACGACUCGCGCCGCCACGGCAGAAUGCUUGCCGCCAUUGAUUUUCAGCUCGGCGGCGACGGCUCGCCCACUAGCGCUGCGCUCUAUUACACCAAAAUUACUAUCGGGUCUCCUCCAGUUGACUAUCACGUCCAGGUAGAUACAGGAAGUGAUAUUUUAUGGGUGAAUUGUCACAACUGCGACAGGUGUCCCACUAAAAGUGAUCUCCAUAUAGAAUUAAAACAGUAUGACUUGGCGGCUUCCUCCAGUGGAAAGGUGAUCACUUGUGAUCAAGAUUUCUGUGAUGCUGCGUUCAGUAGCCCAAAUGCAAAUUGCCAAGCUGGUAUGAACUGCCAAUAUUCUGUUACUUACGGAGAUGGGAGCAGAACUGAGGGAUACUUUGUCAGGGAUAAUUUCAGAUUUGACCAAGUGACUGGAAACCUUCAAACCUCAUCAAUGAAUGGAUCCAUAGCAUUUGGGUGCUCAGCCAAACAAUCUGGAGAAUUGGGUUCAUCUUCUGAGGCCGUUGAUGGAAUAGUUGGUUUUGGACAAGCAAAUACAUCCAUUCUCUCACAACUUGCUUCGGCAAAUAAGGUGAAAAAGAUCUUUUCACAUUGCCUAGAUGGUAGCAAAGGAGGUGGAAUUUUCGCUAUUGGAGAAGUAGUGCAGCCCAAAGUCAACACAACACCACUGGUUCCAAAUGAGCCACAUUACAAUGUGAAUCUAAAGUCAGUUGAGGUAGGUGGUCAAUUCUUAAACCUUCCGACAGACUUGUUUGACACGGGAUCAAGUAAAGGGACUAUAAUUGACAGUGGUACAACAUUGGCGUAUCUUCCAUCCGAGGUUUAUCAGCAGCUUUUGGACCGGAUGAUGGCGCAACAUCCAGAUCUGCAAACUCAUAUAGUUGAGCAACAGUUCAAAUGUUUUGUGUUCAGUGGGAAUGUGAAUGAUGGAUUUCCAGUUGUAAACUUCCAUUUUGAGGACUCUCUCGUUUUGCCAGUGCAUCCCAGCAAUUAUCUCUUUAAAAUCGGUGAGAACGAAUAUUGUAUAGGUUGGCAAAAUAGUGGGAUGCAGACAAAGGAUGGAAGGGAAAUAACUUUGUUGGGAGAUAUAGUAUUAUCGGACAAGCUCGUUUUGUAUGACCUGGAAAAUCAGACCAUUGGAUGGACACAAUAUAACUGUUCGUCAAGCAUCAAAGUGAGAGAUGAAGCUACGGGGAAUGUUUAUGCCGUUGGCGCACAUGAUAUAUCAUCUGCUUUCAGUCUGUCGAAGGCGAAUUUUAUAGCAAUCGUUUUAUUUAUAGCUGCCCUCCACAAACUGAUAGAGUGAGUGAGUGAAUUAUACAGCAGCAGCAGCAGCUUUCUCAGGUAAUGCUGCUCUUGUACAAUAGUAUAUGUUGAUGCUGGGGGCCAUUUGUACUUGCAUUCUUGAACUAAUGAUAGAAAAAAAAAAAAGGUUUGCUUCGAUUCGAAUGGUUAAAA